AUGCAGGUCGCUGCGCGGCCAGCCAAGCCUUGCGGGUCAAAGGGCGGCGCUGCAAAAGCCGCCAACGGCAAGGCUAUUUACAUGCUGAGCAACCAGGCAUCCAACUCUGUGGUGGCCGUGCCCAUCGCGGAGGACGGAACACUUAAUGAGGCGGGCGGUUCAUCGACGAACACUGGUGGUUCUGGCGCCAACGGUGUUGACGGUUCGACAAACCAGCCUGCUAUGCCGGACCCUCUGUUCAGCCAGUCUGCCUUGACUGUAGCUGGGAAUAACCUGUUCGCAGUCAAUGCCGGAUCCAACACUCUCUCCAUGUUCGCCAUAGACGCCCAGGAUCCCACGAAGCUGACCAUGGUCGGCAACCCCGCUGAUCUGCCGGGCGAGUUCCCUGUCACUGUGGGAGCAUCAGCAAAACACAACCUCGCCUGCGUGGGCAUGUCAGGGAGCACCGCUGGCGUCUCGUGUGCCUCGUUUGACGCCGCGCAGGGUCUCGGGGCGAUGGACGCCCUCAGGCCUUUCGACCUCGGCCAAACCACACCGCCUGUGGGCCCAACGAACACAGUAUCGCACGUGUUCUUCUCCGAUGACCAGUCGACAUUGUUUUCGACGGUGAAGGGAGACCCGACCAAGAACAACACCGGCUUCUUGGCGUCCUUCCCCGUCAAUGCAGCCGGUCAGUGCCAAGCUGCAUCCGUCGGCGCGGAGGGCGCGCAGGAUUCGCCCAAUGGGACGGCGGUCCUUUUCGGCUCUUCCCCCAUCGCCGGAUCAUCUGAUCUCUUCGUGACGGACGCUUCGUUUGGUGCCGCCGUGCUGAGCACGCAGCAGGCAGCCGGCGGCUCCGCGCAGGCGUCGGGGGCUGCCGAGGUCGUGGGCAAGGGGGCCAUCGACGGCCAAAAGGCCACCUGCUGGGUCGCUAUCAGCCCGGCCACGAAAACAGCCUUCGUCACGGAUGUCGGUGUCAACCACUUGGUUGAGAUGUCUCUGGCCGAUGCGAGUAUACUGGGGGAGACUGACCUCAGUGCCAACGGCGACCCUGGUCUGAUUGAUCUCAAGGCGGCUGGCAACAUGGUUUAUGCAUUGAGUCCUGGGAAUGGAACCACCAACGCUGCUGUGACGGUGAUGGAUGCGAAUACCAAGCAGCAAGUUCAGCAUCUUGAUAUGACAUCACUUGGCUUGGAUGCAAAUGCCCAGGGUAUGGCGGUCUUGGAGUGA